UAUAUUAUUCCCUCGUUAUAUCCACGCCUCUAUUUUUUCUCUCCACAUUGCUGUGCUUGUGCUUGUGCUUGUGCUCGCUGUCGUAGAUUGCAAACAGACAAAACUCUCGCCACGACGUCGGAGAAUUGAGGAGGGAUUGUUAAACAAGAUGAUUAACUUUGAAGAAACGGAGCUGCGGUUAGGGUUACCGGGAGGUGGCUGCGGUGGCGAAAGUGAGAUUGCUAAGAGCAGUGGGAAGAGAGGCUUUUCGGAGACGGAGGUUGACUUAAAGCUUAAUUUGUCGACGAAGGAUUCAUCGUCGGCGACGGUCGUGAUUGAUGUUGAUGCUGUGGAGAAGAUGAAGGAGAAGACCAGUGUUUCAAAGCCACCGGCCAAGACACAAGUGGUGGGUUGGCCACCCGUGAGGUCAUUCAGAAAGAACAUCAUGGCCGUCCAAAAGAGCAGCAGUGAGGAAAGUGAUAAGGCCGGCAGUAGUAGUGGUGUUGCAGCUUUUGUUAAAGUAAGCAUGGAUGGAGCCCCAUAUUUACGAAAGGUUGACCUUAAAUUGUACAAGAGUUACCAGGAACUUUCUGAUGCCCUUGGCAAAAUGUUCAGCUCCUUCACCAUAGGUAACUGUGGAUCACAAGGAAUGAAGGAUUUCAUGAAUGAGAGCAAGCUGAUAGAUCUUUUGAAUGGCUCCGAGUAUGUUCCCGCUUAUGAAGACAAAGAUGGAGAUUGGAUGCUUGUGGGUGAUGUGCCAUGGGAGAUGUUUGUUGAUUCAUGCAAACGCUUGAGGAUAAUGAAAGGGUCCGAGGCCAUUGGACUUGCUCCAAGAGCAGUCGAGAAGUGCAAGAAUAGAAGCUGAAAACAAAUGUUAUAUUUUUCGAAAAAGCUGAUAAUUCAAACGCAAGGCAAACCAACCGGCUUGAGAGGGUUCCAGCAGGACGUUUGAAUGUGUUGACGAUGCCAUGGUUUUAUUUUUAUAUAUUAGAAUAGAUGAAGAUGAAGAUGAAGAUGGGGUGGAAUUAAUAUGUUAAUUUUUCUGAGAAGCAAUAAAAAUAGAACAUGUUCAUAAGUCUUCUCCCAUCUGUAACUUUGUUUAUUGUCUUCUAUGGCUUGUCUUUUAUUAUUAUUUAAUAUUAUUCUAGCUGUCAUGGGUACUUUUGUUCCCCUUCAUUAGUGUUAAUAAUGAUAAGAAUCUCUGCAGUA